AUGUCGUGCCUAGGUGACGUGGUGUUGCAGGACCAGUUCACCGUAUGGGAGCCCAAACAGCUCAUCAAGAAGUCUCGUGACAGGCGUGUCUUCCUCUUUGAUAUCUGCCUUGUACUUGCCAAAGAGUGUCCCGUCAACCCUGGGGAAAGCAAAAUGAAGUACCAAUUCAAGUCGCGUUUUCUCCUUGCUGAUCUGAAUAUCACAGAGCACAUAGAGGGCGAUCAGUGCAAGUUUGCUCUAUGGGCAGGUCGCGUGCCGCCGGUCAACGACUAUCGCCUAGUGCUCAAGGCUCCUACCCUUGAAAUCAAACAGACGUGGGUUCGAGCCAUUCGAGAGGCAAUGCGUGAGAGAAUGUUCAGCAUGCAAAGUCUGCAUCAGGACAGCUCUGCAACAUCUGGUAAACUCGGUACAGACAGUGUGUCCGCUCUGGACGCAUAUUAUAUCCGCGAAAAUUAUCAGGCUCAGGGUCCAAACGAGAUAUCAGUUGCAGCUCACCAAAUAGUGCAGCUAAUUCAGCGCACCAUGCAGCCAAGUGUCGCAAGUGCAGGAUCACCGCCGCCUACACCAACCGGCUCAGCAUUGACAGAAGAAGUGGAGGGGACGAGUGAACUGUCGUGGGCGUUAGUGCGCUUUGUAGUAACGGGCAGUGCCUCAUCACCAAACGCACCCGUCGACGAAGGUUUCAUCCCUGCGCGCCUCAUUGGUGCUCCUGUUUAUCCCCGUGCCGCUUCCGUCACUGGUGGUAGCAGCAGCGGAGGACGCCGUUCGAUGCGCCGCUGGCUUCCAUCCGCUGGCAUUGGAGCUAAAGAACGGCGCCAAAUCCUUCCAGGUACUCCCGCUUCCGGCAAGCGUGGUUCCAAAGUUGACAUGGCCCCUCCCAUCCCUCUUAUCAACCGACCUCUGACUGUGACCUCGCAGCAGCCGGUGACUUCAGUGGCUACUGCUGCAACACAGGACAGCACAGCCCUAUUGGAUAAUGUCUCAGAGGAGAGCGUGGAGCUGGAGCUGCCACCGCCCAUGAUGGAGCUUCAGGCUCUUCCAACUGCUUCUGCAGUUGCAUCUGCUGUGGAGAGUGAAGCAGAUGUUGGCUCGGAGGUGAGGAGGGCCGAGGAGGAUGGAACAGCACAAGUUUCUAGUCGCUCGCCCUCUACUCUCAACAUUUCAACCAUGGGUAGUGAACUGCAG